AUGACCCAAGUUCUCCACUCUCCACCUCAUUUUGCUUCGUCACAAAGAUCACCCUCAACUUCAACCUCUUCUUCUCCUCUUUCUUCAUUCUCUUGCCAUGCCAUUUUUCAACCUCCCUCACACCCACAUUUUCCACUUUUUGAACUUCUAGUUACACUUUUCAGAAAAUCAUUAUUUCCUUUCAAGAAUACUGUCACCAAGGACCUCUCUAUCAUGGAUAUAAGCCCUCCGACUAACGUGCGUCAUGUCGCGCACGUUACUUUUGAUAGGUUCAAUGGUUUCUUGGGCUUGCCUGAUGAGUUUGAACCUGAAUUCCCUAGAAGACCUCCUAGUGCUAGCGCAACUGUGUUUGGAGUUUCGACAGAAUCAAUGCAGUUAUCUUAUGAUUCAAGAGGGAAUAGUGUGCCAACAAUUCUUCUGUUAAUGCAAAGGCAUCUGUAUGUUCAAGGAGGAUUGCAGGUGGAAGGGAUUUUCAGAAUUAAUGCAGACAAUAGUCAAGAGGAACAAGUUAGGAAUCAAUUGAACAUGGGAUUGGUUCCUGAAGACAUUGAUGUACAUUGUUUGGCAGGACUAAUUAAGGCUUGGUUUCGGGAACUUCCUACCGGAGUUCUAGAUCCGUUAUCACAAGAGCAGGUAAUGCAAUGCCAAACUGAGGAAGAGUGUGUUGAACUAGUCAAGCAUCUACCUCAUACUGAAUCUACACUCUUGGAUUGGGCUAUCAAUCUAAUGGUUGAUGUCGUCCAACAUGAAAAUCUCAAUAAGAUGAACGCGCGCAACAUAGCCAUGGUUUUCGCGCCAAACAUGACUCAGAUGGCAGAUCCAUUCACUGCAUUGAUGUAUGCGGUUCAAGUGAUGAACUUUUUAAAGACACUUAUAUUAAGGACACUACGCGAAAGAAAGGAUUCGGUGGUGGAAUUGAAUCCUCGAUUAAAUUUAGAACCUUCUGAUGAGAACGAACAGUGUGGAGUUUUUGAGUCGUGUCAGAAAGAAGAUACUGCAGCAGUAGACAACAAAGCGGCUAACGAAAAUUUUGUCUUAGAAAAAUCUGUCUUAGAAUGUUCACCUGAAUCAUCAUUGCUCGAAAAAAACUCCUCGACUAAAGGAGAAUCUGGUAGUUUGAUAAGCACUUCUGAGAAUCCGAUUUGCAAUGAGGAUUUGUAUUGUGAGUUUCCGCCGAAAAGAAACAUGGGAAAGAACAACAAGUCUGGUCAAUCAGGUAGUUCAAAUGCUAAAAAAGGGUCUAAAAAGACAAGAGGACAGCAACCUGUGAACAACGGAAAAGUAUUGGUCGAGAAAAAGGGAACGAAGACUUUGAGCAAUACAGAUACAAGAUCUGACCGAGUCGAAGCUUGGCGGUGA